UAAAAAUGAAAUUAACAACUGAUUACGAAAGAGAUCAACAAUGUGCAUUUAGACGAAGAACUCAAACACAACAAGGAAUUCAAGAUUUACCAGAAAAAUGUCCAUGUGAGGCCUUGGCUGAGCGAGUACUUGCUGGCGAAUCCCCUGCCCAAGUCCAUCGUUGGGCUUUACACAAUCAACCACCAAAAUUUCUUCGCCAAUUAAUUCGUUGUCUAGCCCCUCCUUCUGUUGUCCAAUCCGAAGCUUUGAUUGGCCAAUUUAGCCAUUCAGCUAAUCAAUUAUGGGCAACUGCGGGAAUGGCUGUUCCGGCUGGAGAUAAUGAUGAUGGACAAUUUGGGAAAUUCUCUUUCGAUUCUCUUGAACGUUCAAAACCUGCAACAAAUGCUGUUCAAUGUUGUGAACAUAAACCUUUGUUUUUAGCAAUUUUGGUAGCUGAAAGAGGGGGGCAUUUUACUUUAUUACAAAGGCAAGUGGAAUUAUUGGUCCCUUGUAAUUAA